ACGGAAUACCUGUAUUAUAUAUACCCAAGGUAACUGACAGGGACUGCAUGAUUCUAAUGUUUCUUGUCAUGUUCCAGCAUGGCCCAGACUCAGGCUUGCCUAGUUGGGCUGUCCUCGCUCACAUGAGCAUUUCCUGCAGCGCCUGCUAUAUAAGAGACUCUCCAGACACCCCUCAACUCUCACCAUCCAUCCGACUCUCUCUCUCUCUCUCUCUCUCUCUCUUCUUCUUCUCAGAUUGCCUCUAAAUACUACUUAUUCAAUCACCAUGUCUGUCUCCAUUGAAACCACAGAAGUCCCCGUCGCUGCCACCAAGCAGAACCACGACGUCUUCCUCGGUACCCAGAACCGUCUGCCCGAGUUCAGCCUGGGAGGCAAGGUCGUCUGCGUCUCAGGGGCUGCCCGUGGUCUGGGAUUGACUCAGGCAGAGGCUCUGCUGGAGGCUGGAGCUACUGUCUACGCUCUAGACCGUUUGGAAGAACCGUCUCCCGAAUUCUUUCAGAUUCAGAAAAGAGCCGUUGAGCAGCUUGGCACCGCCCUGCACUACCGCCGCAUCGAUGUGCGUGACACGGAGCUGCUGAACACCGUGAUCGAGGCCAUCGCCAACACGGAGGGCCGCAUGGACGGGUUGGUCGCCGCCGCCGGCAUCCAGCAGGAAACGCCCGCCCUCGAAUACUCGGCCAAGGAUGCCAACACCAUGUUCGAGGUCAACGUCACUGGGGUCUUCAUGACCGCCCAGGCUGUUGCCAAGCAGAUGAUUCGCUUUGGCAAUGGGGGCAGCAUUGCCCUGAUCGCGAGCAUGAGUGGCACCGUCGCCAAUCGGGGCCUCAUCUGUCCCGCGUACAACGCGAGCAAGGCAGCUGUCAUCCAGCUUGGUCGCAACUUGGCCGCCGAAUGGGGCCAGUACCGCAUCCGCGUCAACACCAUCUCGCCCGGCUACAUCGUCACCGCCAUGGUUGAGAAUCUCUUCGUCCAGUUCCCUGAACGCCGGGACCAGUGGCCCAAGGAAAACAUGCUCGGCCGUCUGUCUUCGCCCAACGAGUACCGUGGCGCCGCCGUCUUCUUACUUUCAGACGCCAGCAGCUUCAUGACCGGCAGCGAUCUGCGCAUCGAUGGCGGACACUCUGCUUGGUAGAUUAACCUUUUCUUGAGGCUACUUGAUUACUCUGUUUUGGAUUCCUCUGUUUCUACUUUUUUUUUUUCUUUUUCUUUGGGAUUAGCAAGCGGGUAUGGCGAUAGGAUUAUAUAUACUAAUUUGAAUAAAAGUAUAUUCCAUCAAUU